UCGUUUCUGCAACGACCAAAGUCAAGCGUCGACGAAACAACGCAUGCGAAUCGAAACAGUAUUGAGGCGGCUGAAACUGGAGUGGAACGAACGCUAGAAGACGUGCUAAAUGCAGAUGAUUCGGAUACAAUGCUAACCGUGAUUCAUGAUGAAUGGCAAUCGAAUGCGGGCGAUGAGAAUGUCAAGGAUUGGGAACAAAUCGCCUUGAACACUCAUAAACAGUUAGAGCAUACUCGUGAGCUGUUGAACGAAUGUGAAGCAAGCAACGUUCGAUUGAGUGAACAAAGUAAACUGCUGAAAGAGGAAAUCAGACGUUUGGAACGGAACGAACAACGCAAAGAUCAUAUGGCGAAUAGUGAAUAUUUGAAGAACGUCAUUCUGAAGGUAUUACCCGGCUGA